CAGUGCAGCGUUCUUGCCUGCUGUCCUCCUGUUUGCUAGCACCUUCCAUCAUGCUAGCCUGAGCAACAACAACCUGUGUUCGGACUGAAAAUACAGGCCGAUAUGUUGAUUUAGGACGGUCUGUGGUUAGCGGCAGGUAACUGAACAGUGUCAGCUGCGUCUUCGUUUACUGUCACGAGGAAUAUUAAACGGAUAAUGACUACGAGCACAAGCUGUCCCUGAUAGCAGCAGCUAAGAUAACUAGCACAACAUGGAGAGCUGCACAGCAGUCUUGAAAACACUGUGAAGAAAGUUAGUACCGCCAAGCUAAGGUGGCAUUUUACUAACUGUAUAGUAGAAGUGGAUAGCCAAUAUUUUCUCUUGAUUUAACUGUUGUGUGUGAGUGUUUCCUUUCUUGCCUGGACUGUCUCCUAGUAAACAAACUGUCAGAGAACCCGAGGAUACCGAAGGACCCCUGAUGAGAUGACCGAAGGAUCAUACAAUCUUUUUAUGCCACUAAUAUAUCCCCUGACUACAUUUUCUAUGGAGGCUAAAGGUUGCCUUCCUGCCAUGGUAUGCGUUAUGAUCUCCUUGCAGCAGUGGUGAAUAUCAGCCCCUCCAAACCCAGUAUGUCAGUGUGUGUGAAGGCUGUGUGUUGGGGUGGUGUGGAGAUGAAGCUGCACAGGUUGCUUCUGACAGGCAGGAUGAACUGCACUGGGAUGUAUCUGCCAUUCACCGGGAACUUUUAUUUAAAACGCCUUUUCAGCUCUGUUUUCUCAAGAGCGGGUGGCACCCGAGCUGUCGUCCUCAGCAGUGCACGUCCAGCACUCUUCCCAUCGAAGGACAUUGUUUCACAUGGAGAUAGAAAACUUGUAUUGUACAGCAGGAACUACAGUGAGGUCUGCUGUCAUACGCUGCCUGUGUCUGGAUGUCAACCCAGAAGAUCUCAGUCUGCUGCAUUGAGGAAAAAGAACCUGCUGCAUGGAGGUCCAACAUGGCCCGUGUCCUUCGUCCGCCGCAGAGUGACAGAUGCCUCGGUUUCCAGUGUGCCUCCAGCUUUUGUAGUGAUGAAAUUUGACCAGGAGGGAAAUGUGACAACAUUUGAGAAGAAAAAAACAGAGCUGUGUCAGGAGCUCAGUCUUCAGGCCCGAGACCUUCGCUUUCAGCACAGUACCAGCCUCACUGCGAGAAACAACUGCAUUAUCAUACGGAUGGAGUCUUUGAAAGCCAUCGUGACCCCGGAGCACUUGUUGGUGUUGGAUUUCCGUGGUCUUGGAUUGGAGCGUUGGUUGGUACUGGACCUGGCCCCUCAGCUAGCAUCAUACACACACUCUCUGCCCUUUGAGUUCAGAGCACUGGAGGCCAUACUGCAGCACAAGGUGAACACUCUACAAGCUCGGCUGAAUGAUGUAGAGCCGUCGAUAUUGGACACAUUGGAAUCGCUUGUGGAUCCUAAAAUCCUUUCUGCAGAUAGAAGUAAACUGCAUAUAUUACUGCAGAACAGCAAGAGCUUAUCAGAAUUGGAGACGGAUGUCAAAGUUUUUAAGGAUUCCUUGCUGAAGAUUUUGGACGAGGAUGAGAUCAUUGAAGAACUCUGUCUGACCAAGUGGACCGACCCAAGAGUUUUUGAGGAGAGCAGUUUGGGUAUUGACCACGCUGAGGAGAUGGAACUGUUAUUGGAGAAUUAUUAUAUGCAGGCUGAGGAGCUGGGCAACAAAGCCAGAGAGCUGAGAGGGCUGAUAGACGACUCUGAGAGCGUCAUCUUCAUCAAUCUGGACAGCCACCGUAAUGUGAUGAUGCGCCUCAAUCUGCAGCUGACGAUGGGCUCCUUCUCUCUAACCUUAUUUGGUCUGAUUGGGGUAGCCUUUGGAAUGAAUUUGACAUCGUCCUUUGAAGAGGACCCGCGUGUUUUCUGGCUGGUAACCGGCUUCAUGUUCUUGGGCAGUGGGAUGAUAUGGAGGCGACUGCUGUCAUUUCUGGGGCGACAUCUUGAGCCAUCGAUACCAACACUAAUCCCUCCAGUCUGGAAGAGGAAUCUGAAAACGUCAGACAUCAAAGCAGGACUUCGAUGAUGUUGUACCUCUGCUCUGUAAAAUGAGACAAUGCAGCUUUAAAACCCUGGACCUCCUGAGAUCUCCUGAGGCUGGAGAUUUUUAUUUUUUAACAUACCUCAGUGUUUCACCCCCCCGUGCCUACAGCAGAGUUUAAGACUGGAUCCAAAUAUCUGGACACUCUAUGUGUGUCUCGAUCAUUGUACUUCUCAUACUGUGUAGGGGUUAUUCUAGAUACUUUGGAUCAUAUCUUCAUGUAUGUGGAUAAAACCAUGGGCACAGAGUAUUGCUCUGUUGUCACUGGUUUUCGAGCAGUGGGUGGAUGCAUGGGAUAGUUGGAACUGAAACGGACAACGUAUGAGUUUACUGCCCACAUGCAGUUGAACAUCCUCUCAUUUCAUAGGUGAAAAUAGUGAUAGAAGUAUUAAAUUCUGUUAAUUUAAUUUAAAUGUGAAUCAAAUCUAAUGUCUAGAGUCUGUUGUUAUGGUUGUGGAAAGCGUUAUUUCCUUUAUGAUUGAUAUUUAAAGCUGCAUUUCCAGCCAAAGUACCUGAAACUUCUAGUCCCAGGAACUACUUUUCAUGGAGUUCCCUCUGUAUGCUAAAAAAAGGGUUUUAAUAUCAGAAAAUAAUCAGGUAUUUGACACAAUUGUCAACAUAAACGGAGCAGUGGCUGAGCUGCAUCAGCCACUUUUCCUCAUUCUCAAAAUUAUGUAACACCAGUUUGUUUGGUUUUGUGUUGAUGUUGUGUCACAUUGUUGCCAUGACUGUCUCAAAUUGACAUUUGUCCAAGUAAUAAAAGGUCAUAACACAUGAUAAACUUCAGGAAGUAUGACUGCACGCUGACCUUAUCCCACUUCUGUUUGCAUUGUUGGUCAAAGCCAAACUGUUUGAAAGUACUGCCUUAAAGGAACUGUGUAUUUCCCCAAGUCCUUCAUAUUGUGAUUGUUGUAACUCUGUUACAUUUAAUACUAUAAAAAAAUGUCAGUGUUCUUAGAAUUUAUCAUGUUGGUUUUUUUA